AUGUCUUCUACCUCCUCCUCCUCAUCUACUGUCUCAUUCUUCUUCAUCACACUGAUUCUCGUGUCAGUAUGUACUGCAAAUUUGGCCACAGGAAGAGCGUCGCUCCGCCCAUCAGCUGGAAAACGGAGUGCAGCUGUUUUGGUGGGAAGAACACCUGCACACUACUAUCAAUUGGCAACUGCAAAGAGAUUCGAGAAUGAACUAACAUGCAACAUGCACACAAUGUCCAUCCUGGAUGCCCGUUACCAACAACUUCAAGAGGAAAUCGAAGAAAUUAUUGAGUUGAUGGAGGCAUGUCAGACGAUUCGAGCAGUCAAUUAA